GUGUAACAAUGAUUAUCAUGCCCAAAUAUGAAACAACAAAUUUAUUCAUUAGAUUUAUCAUAUCAAGGCUUAUGUGACCAAAUUGAUGCAGUUCUAUCACAUAUUUCACUUAAUGAAUUAUCACGUCUACAAACCUUAACUUUCACUUAUAUUGAAAAAGAAAAUUUUAUUCAUUUAAAAUCAAUGUUACCAUUAACAAUAAAUUUAUGA